CUGAUUCAUCCCCGCCCACACUGUUUGUGUUUGUUUUUUCUGCAAUUCUGUUCACCUAAUUCGAGCUGCUUGGGUGUUUUUUCUAGAAGUUUUUCUAACAUAAACCCUUCUUUGACCAUUGAAUUUAACUUGCUUCAUCGAAUUCUUCAUCUUCGCAGAUUGAAAUCGAUAUACAUAGCUGCAUUUCUUCAUUGAACCAACAAGAUAAGAUCCGGCGGUUUGUACUAGUGUCUAACUAAAAGGAGUAGGUGAUCAGUGACUAUGACUGCAAAUGAAGAUGCUGCACAGGAAUUUGAACCAAAGAAGAAGCCACCGACAGAGGAUGAGAAGAGGAAGAAGAAAAUUACGCCUGGGAGUUUGAUGAAAGCUUUGAUUAGGCCUGGUGGGGGUGAUGCUGGACCGUCAGAUGGUGAUCAGAUUAUCUAUCAUUGCACCAUUCGAACUUUGGAUGGAGUACUUGUGGAAUCUUCCAGAUCUGAUUAUGGAGGAAAAGGCACUCCAAUAAGGCAUGUUUUGGGCAAAAGCAAGAUGCUAUUGGGCUUACUAGAAGGAAUUCCUACAAUGUUGAAGGGCGAAGUGGCAAUGUUCAAGAUGAAGCAUCAGUUGCAUUAUGGUGAGGAUGAUUGUCCUAUUACCGCUCCUGAUGGUUUUCCUAAGGAGGAUGAACUUCAUUUCGAAAUUGAGCUGAUAGAUUUUUUCAAAGCUAAGGUUGUAACUGAUGAUUUGGGAGUCGUAAAAAAGGUAGUACGUGAAGGGAAGGGUUGGGAAUCUCCGAGGGAACCUUAUGAAGUGAAGGCUUGGAUAUCAGCAAAGACAGUUACUGGGAAAUUGAUCAUGUCGCAUACAGAAGGAGAACCAUACUUGUUUACAUUUGGAAAAUCGGAGCUACCUAAGGGCCUUGAAAUGGCAAUAGGAACAAUGGUUCGGGAAGAGAAGGCUGUUAUAUAUGUUACCACUCAGUAUUUAACUGAGUCUCCUCUGAUGCCUGUAAUAGAAGAGUAUGAUGAAGUGCAUUUUGAAGUGGAGCUGGUUCACUUUAUUCAGGUGAGGGACAUGCUUGGAGAUGGGCGCCUAAUAAAACGCCGCAUUCGUGAUGGCAAAGGUGACUUUCCCAUGGAUUGUCCCCUUCAUGACAGUCUACUUCGUGUUCAUUACAAGGGUACUGUUCUCAAUGAAGAAAAGAAGGUAUUUUAUGAUACAAGGGUGGACAAUGAUGGUCAACCAUUGGAGUUCUGUUCUGGAGAAGGGCUUGUACCAGAGGGAUUUGAAAUGAGUGUUCGUCUGAUGCUUCCUGGAGAGAUAGCUCUCGUUACAUGCCCUCCUGACUAUGCCUAUGAUAAGUUUCCAAGGCCUUCAAAUGUCCCUGAGGGUGCUCAUAUUCAAUGGGAAAUUGAACUUCUAAGUUUUGAAACACCAAAGGACUGGACAGGAUUGGACUUUAAAACUAUAAUGAAUGAAGCUGAAAGCAUCAGAAACACGGGUAACAAGCUGUUCAAACAGGGGAAAUAUGAACUUGCCAAGGCAAAGUAUGAAAAGUUGCUUCGAGAAUUUAAUCAUAUCAAUCCUCAAGAUGAUGAAGAAGGAAAGGUUUUUACAGACACACGAAAUUUGCUACAUCUGAAUGUCGCUGCAUGCUAUCUGAAAUUGGGAGAAUGCAAAAAGUGCAUUGAGACUUGCAACAAGGUUUUGGAUGCAAACCCUGCACAUGUCAAGGGCCUUUAUCGUCGUGGAAUGGCCUAUAUGACUGCCGGAGAUUUUGAAGAAGCCAGGGCUGAUUUCAAAAUGAUGAUGAAAGUUGACAAGUCAACUGAAUCAGAUGCAACUGCAGCUCUUCAAAAACUGAAGCAGAAAGAACAGGAAGUCGAGAAGAAGGCUAGGAAACAGUUUAAAGGCCUAUUUGAUAAAAAGCCUGGAGAAAUUGCGGAAGCUAAAGGUGAUGAUGAUGAAGAUCAAAUAACAAGCGAAAGCCAACAGAAGGAUGAAGCACACGGGGACUCUGAUGAAACAAAAUUCGAGGAUUCACAUGAAGUUCCACCUGAGACACCUCGAACUAGGUGGUUCUCUCUCCUUUGGCCUUCUGGUAGAAGACUUUUUGAAUCUCUUGGGCUUAAUAGAUGUGCCAUACUUUAAUUUAACUUGAGAAACAUGUGGUAGUUUGUCAUACAAUAUAAUUUAUAAAGAAGGCAUUCCAGAUCAUUUUAACUUAAAGAGUGAGAGUUUAGGUA